AUGGGUAUUACAUCAGGAGUCGGUCACUUCUUCCAGUCGAUCAUCGAGGUGAUCCAGGGAAUAUUCGCCGCCAUCUUCAACGCGUUCGCGUUGGUACUACACACGAUCGCCGACGCUGGCAAGGGCGUUGUGCACUUUGUCGAGGGAACGCUUGGGUUCGCGAUCCACAACUUCUUUAUUCUCGGCACGAUCGCUGCUGGCAUUCUCGGCUACCUGUACUACCAGCAACGCCAGGGCAGCACCACUGCUAGCAGGACCCUCAAGAACAAAUAA